AUGGUGGCUCGGAAAUUCCUCGUUCGCCACAAUGAUUCCGACUUCGACCUCGAAUACGACACGGACGAUGGGUUUGAAGUUCUCAAAUUCCAGCUAUUCUCUCUAACUUCAGUUCCUCCCAAUGAACAAAAGAUAUUUGGCGACCAAGAUGAUCGGCUUGUAUCGGACGACUCUGAUCUCAUUACAAUCUCCAAUAAGCUGCGGUUGGUGUCACUCAACGGAGAAGGCAAAGAAGAAGAAAGANUGAUCGGCUUGUAUCGGACGACUCUGAUCUCAUUACAAUCUCCAAUAAGCUGCGAAGGAAAAAAUUCGGAAUUAGAGAAAUCCGACGAAGAAUUCGCUCGGAAGUUGCAGGCAGAGGAAGAAGCACUUUUGUUUCAGCAGUUCUCUGCCAGUAACGAUGAGGGACAAAUGGAGAAGAAAAUACGGCCUUAUGUUGAUCAGGUCCUAAUGUAUGAAGACUCACAUCGUCAGGAGGCUGCUCGGAAUACAGUGCCUGUGGAGAAACUUGAGGAGAAGGCAUUAGUUGCAUUGGCAAAGGUUGGACCCUGAACUCUGCCAUCAGAUACUGUGCAUUUAUACUGCCUGUUAAAGAUUGAGGGAUUCUAUUCUUUUUUUCUUUUGUUUUUCCCGCUUAAAGGAAGAUGUGAAAGGGGAAAGUAAACAACUUAAAGGAUUUACCCAUGAAGGCUAUAGCAAGAAAAAGAAAGAGAGAAGGCUCGACAGAUAAUACUAAUG